UCACACACGUGAACUUCAGUUGGCAGCCAGAUGGGACUUCAGUCACAUUUGGGUUCCCACUUACUUUAGAAGCUCGCCUUCCGCAGGCCACAAACUGCGAAACCUAUCACAAUUUGAUUUUGCAAAAACAAAUCGACAAUCGCUAUCGACUACCGCUAUCACUACUAUCAAACAAGUACACAACAAAGCCAGCUCUCUCAUUGCACACAUUCCGCAGAACGAUGGAUCCACCCAACACGCAACCCAAAACAGAAGAGGUGGUGCGCAAAGUAAGCUUUGCUACAAAGAAGAGGGUGCACAUGAUAAGAAGAGUCCCUGAAGCGGACCGCUACACGGUUUGGUACGGCAAAGAAGAACUUGGAAAUCUUCAUGAAAAGGAUCGAAUGGACGUGAUGAGGUAUCAGAUUCAGUUCGGGAUGAUGGGCCACGCUGUCCAAAGCGACCGAUACACCAUACGGGGUCUCGAGCAGUACUUCAAUGGGCUGAACCACGUUAUCGCUUUCGGGAAGACACAGAGGUACAUUCGGUCAGUAGUUCAGGCCUACAAGUGGCAGGCAGACCACAACCAAAUCAACGUUGAGAAACUUGGGGCUUUUGCGUCCUCCAAGUCACGAAGAGAAGUGAAGAGGUCGCAGAACAUCGGGACACAGGAUGCAUUCGACGCGUAUGGCUUUGACAAAGACAAGCACACUGCGUCCAGAAAAAAGAGGAUGGUGCGCAAUCGAGAGCAUGAGACGCAGUAUUCUCCGUCGAAGUCAUCGGCCAAACGUUUUCUCCCCGAGCUACCAUUUGCAAUCAAGGAUACAAUGAAAAUUUCGCUUUAGAUUGACUUGCUUGACUUCAUGCGCUACCCAAAUUGAGGAGCUGCGAGGGAUUUGUUUCCCCGCCAGAGCAGGAAGAAAAUGCAUUGGACAAUUCCAGGCAAGCUCCCACCCAGCUACGAAUAGACUUUGAAACACAUAUAGCAGAGUUUUAUUACG